AGCAUACAUGCGUGGGGGUUCCCGAAGGUUUCGGUCAUGUAAACUUGCAUCAACUGCAGUUUCUUCUUCUAGUAGUGCUACGUUUCUUCGUACAGUUUUUGUAGGAAGGAACUUUAUUCUCGUGUCGUUACGCCAUGAAGGGCUACCUUUGGGUGCUUUUCGUGUCCCUUGGUGUUGGUUAUUCUGGUGGAACACCACACACCACGGAAAGCUCGCUUGUGUCCAAGCUAGUCACCGACGUUGUGCCCACCCGACAGCAAACGGUAGGCCACGGUCUCAACCUGACCUCAGAGUCCGCCCGCCUGCCGACACCGUCCUCUGCGGAGACCCCUACGUCGGAAAGACCGGUCUCAACGACCGUCAAACUUCCGCUUCAAACCACAAAGUCGAAACCAGCCAGAACCAACGUCGCGACUAACCCCGGCAGCGGGCUCGGGGUAGAGAGGCACCACCGACCGCUGACUCUGUUCGGUCAGCUCGGUGCACCCCUAGGGGCGGCCCCGCAGGCCAGGGAUCCGUCCUGCCCGCCUGUUAACGGGAGCGAGCCGCCGCAGCUGGUGACUUCGGACGGUUUCUACAAGAAGGUGACCGCAGACCGGAUAGAAAUCCUGGCCACCGACGUCGCUCUAGACGAGACCAGCGCCCUGUUCGACCCUUGUAAGGACUUCUACCUGGAGACGGUCAGUCUGACCAUCAAGGGCCACCUGCGCUGGAAGGGGCGGAGCGUGUACAUCUCGGCGGUGAACCUGACCGUGACCGGGGAGAGCGCGGCUGUGGACGUGUCGUACUCUGCUCCGGGACAGCCCGACAGGGACACCCCCGCACAGAGUGGUACCGCCCAGGGGCAGGCGGGGCAGGACGGCCAGGCCGGUGGAGUGGGCCAGAGAGCAGGAAACGCGACGCUGUAUGUGGGGUUCCUGUUCGGCGGGCAGCUGGAGGUGCUGGCCCGGGGAGGGUCCGGGGGACUGGGGCAGGCUGGCGGGGACGGGCACGUUGGGGCCCCGGGACAACCUAACCAGUAA